GUGUGUGUUUGUGUAGUUUGGGUGACGGAUGCUGCAGGAUCCAGACUGUAAACACACAUAAACUAGGUUUUUUGUAACGGUUCUGUUGGUCUGUGAAGCUUCAGACUGCAAACAUCAAUCUGUGCAGAGAUGGCUGAGAGCUUAGAGGAUGCUACUGUCAGCUCAGCGGUGAAUGGAGAGAUGAAGAAGGAGAGGAAGGUGGCUGUCAUCACCGGCAUCACCGGACAGGAUGGAUCCUACCUGGCUGAGUUCCUGCUCGCUAAAGGCUACGAGGUUCAUGGUAUUUUGCGUCGUUCCAGCUCCUUCAACACGGGACGCAUUGAACAUCUUUACCAGAACCCACAGACACACACUGAAGGCAACAUGAAGCUGCACUACGGCGAUCUGACUGACAGCACGUGUCUGGUGAAGAUCAUCAACCAGGUGAAGCCGACGGAGAUCUACAACCUGGGCGCUCAGAGUCACGUCAAGAUCUCCUUCGAGUUGGCCGAGUACACCGCCAACGUGGACGGCGUGGGCACGCUCCGUCUCUUGGACGCCAUAAAGACGUGCGGUCUGACCAACAGCGUGCGGUUCUACCAGGCCUCCACCAGCGAGCUGUACGGCAAAGUCCAGGAGAUCCCUCAGAAGGAGACCACGCCCUUCUACCCUCGCUCACCUUACGGUGCCGCUAAGCUGUACGCCUACUGGAUCGUGGUGAACUUCCGAGAGGCCUACAACAUGUUUUCUGUCAACGGGAUCCUCUUUAACCACGAGAGCCCGAGGAGAGGUUCAAACUUUGUGACUCGUAAGAUCAGCCGUUCUGUGGCGAAGAUUCACCUGGGCCAACUGGAGAGCUUCAGUCUGGGCAACCUGGACUCCAAGAGGGACUGGGGCCACGCCAAAGACUAUGUGGAGGCUAUGUGGCUCAUGCUGCAACAGGAGGAGCCAGAGGAUUUCGUCAUAGCGACGGGGGAGGUGCACAGCGUGAGGGAGUUUGUGGAGAAGGCCUUCAAACAUGUGGGGAAGAGCAUUGUGUGGGAGGGAAAGGAUGAGAAGGAGGUUGGCCGUUGCCAGGAGACCGGGGUGAUACAUGUGAAGGUGGACGCCAAAUACUUCCGCCCUACUGAAGUGGACUACCUGCAAGGUGACAGCACCAAAGCACAUCAGCAGCUGGGCUGGAAGCCGAAAGUGACUUUUGAGGAGCUGGUGAAGGAGAUGGUGGACGCAGACAUCGAGCUAAUGAAGAAAAACCCAAACGCCUGAGAGGGGGCCACACGGAUCCAUCCGGCACGGAAACAUUUCAGCACUCCAGUGUUUCGGCCGCUGAGACCAACAGUGAAAGGAACACGUUGUAUUUUUACCUCUUUUUUUUUUUGUUUGUUUUUUUUUCCUCAAAUGAAGUAACUGUGUCCAUUUUUCUUUUUCUUUCUUUUUCUUUGAAGGAGGUCAGACUUAAAACCAGUCAUUGCCUUCAUGUAUCCCGUAAUUCCUUCCUGGUAUCAUUUCAUUGUUGAUUUUUGUUUUAUUAUCACAUAGCAACGAUGCCUUUUUAUAUAUAUAUAUAUAUAUAUAUAUAUAUAUAUAUAUAUAUAUACUGUAUGUUACAACAUUGAUCAUGCCAUAAUUUAUAUAGACUUCUGGUUUUAAGGCUAUAUUUAUAUUAUAUUUGGUUGUUUCCUUUUUUUUCUUUUCUGAUUUUUAGAUGUUGAAGUUGACAUUCAUUCCUUUUAGAGUAUGGAAGUACAGUAGGCAGAAUAUAUAAAUAAAUAUUACCAUGAUUGUAUGUUUUAUUGGGGGAACAGGAAACAACGAGUUUAUUAAAGUUGGUCGAGGAUAUUUCAUUGAAUAAAUGAACUAUU